UUUGAUGAACCCAGUCAGUCCCUAUUCUUGUAGGUGACGGUGCUCAGUGUAGCCAUUUCCGAGACUCUUACGACGUGUGUGUGUGUUGAGGAAUUGGGGCUGCAUGUGAGUUGCGCGAAGGAGGUUCUAGAAUUCAGACGGGGUGUUGAGGUUUUUCUGACAAUGGAGGACCAGGGGUUUAACUCAUCGCCGCAAUCGUCCAUGGAGCAAGAAGGGAAGAGGUCGGCGGAUCUAGCCAAGAACGAAGCGUCGAGGACGGGGGACCAGGUCGAAGAGACUGCAGAGCAGAUGAGGGAUCAGUCUGCGGAGUCUGCGCAGUCAUGGCGAGAGCUGGUGCAGAGUAAGGUGCAGCCGAUCGUGAACCAUCCUUACGUGCGAAAAUCCUCGGAGAUUCUCAACAGUGGCGCGACGCAGAUGAAGCCUCUGGUUGGGAGGACCACGGAGACCAUCUCCAGCAAGUUCCAGCCUGUGGUGGGGAAGGCAACGGAGACGCUGCAGCUGGGCAGGGAUACGGCGAAGAAAAUUUAUAACAAGGAGGAGGGGUAUGAGCCAUCCAAGGUUGCGCCUUAUUUUGCCGGCAGCCUCGGAGUUUUGCUCUUGUGCAUGCUCCUCGCAGGUUGGAGUGCAAGUGAUGGACGCUCCAAGUACAACGUAGACGUAUCGAAAAUCUUUGCUGAUAAGGUCAAGUUGACCAAUGGGAGACACAUUGCUUAUGUUGAACAUGGUGCCAGCAGAGAGGAGGCCAAGAUCAACGUCUUGUUUGUUCAUGGCCUCCUGUCCUCUCGCCUACUGGGACUUCAAGGUGUAAAUGAGAAUCUGCUCAGGAAAUACUCUGUUCGUUUGGUUAGCUACGAUCGGCCGGGGAUCGGACAGAGUGAUCCUCAUUUGAAGAGAACAUUGAACUCAUCGUCAGAAGACAUGGCUGACUUUGCUGAUGCUUUGGGCAUGGGCGACAAAUUUUGGGUCUUCGCCCACUCCGGUGGUGCCGCAUACGCAUGGGCUGCUCUCCACUACAUUCCUAAUCGAUUGGCUGGAGUGGCGAUGCUCGGACCUUUGAUGAAUCCGUACGCUAAGAAUACAACCACUGAAGAAAGUAAAGGAAUGUGGGCCGGUUUGGGUCCCAUGAAACCUACGUUCCAGUAUGCCCGGCACUUUCCUGCUUUUGUUCCUGGGAAACUCAAGAACAACGUCAAGAAGGUUAAUAAGUACAUGAAGAACACAAAAAAGCGUGUCAAUGCAAAGGAUCGAGAUCUGCUUGAGACGGACGCUUUCGGAGAAGCGUGGGAGCGAGCUAUUAGAGAGUCGGUUCGUUCAGGAGAUCUCAAACCACAUGCACAAGAUAUCAUCCUUCAAGCGAGGGAUUGGGGCUUUAAACUGUCCGAUAUAGGUUCAAAACCCAAGAAGAGCUUCUUCAAGCGUAUACUCUUCUUCCUUGGGAGCUCAAACUUACCUGGUUUCUUUGGACCAAUUCAUAUCUUUCAUGGAACUGAAGACAAGAUCGUGCCUCUGGUUAUGAGCGAGUACGUAAAACGAGUACUUCCACAAGUGGAGCUCCACAAGCUGGAAGGGGAAGGUCACUAUUCCUGGUAUUUCAACUGCGAUCACUGCCACCGUGAGUUGUUUAAAACUCUCUUCGGCGAAGUAGCGGGGCUGGAAGAAUUGGAUAACUCAGUUAAACCUGAACAUAAUGCUGAAAAAGAACCUGAGAAAAUUGAGAAUUAUGAGGUACCUGCGGAGAACGUGAAGCCAGAGGAAAAAGUGAAAGCCGAGGAGAACGAGAAGCCUGCAGCCGAACUGGAGUCGCCUCAAAGAGAGGCCGAGAGGUUAGAUUUAUUUAAAGAAGCCGGGAAGAUAGCUCCAGAAGAUGAGCAAGUGGGUCUUAGUCAGGAGGGUAAGGUACAGGAUGAGCUGUAACUUGUACAUAGUUCACUGCCGAGCGAUGGUAUAUGGUGGCGAGAAACGAGCGGGUGAAGGUUUUAUGCACAUAGAAGUAGAAUCUGCGAAGGUGGGUUUCUCAUUGAGAAUCAUGUACAUAUAGGAAUUUCGUGGGUAGAAUGUUACUGCUUGAGGAAAUGGGCGGUGAAUGCUACGUUCGCCCCUAAUAUUAACAACCAUAUUCUCGCCAGUUGCCCGGUGUUGUGUGUUAGUGAAAUAUUUCCCAACUUUCUUAUUCCCAGGAGUUCCUGUACCAAACUGAAACGCUGUUAAUAAGAAACAUCCAUUGCUGAAGUGGUUUAUGGGC